AUGACGGCAUCGCUGGAGGGUGUACAGUGGAGACCUGUGCUGCAGGUGUUUCCCAACUACGUGAACAUAUGUGCCCACCUCCGCAGCGUUGACAAGUUUGGCACCCGACUGCUGGAGGAGCAACUGCUCCUGAACCAAAAUCACGUGUGUGUAGCGAUGAAGCCCAUCCCCAGUACCCUGCCGCCGGGACCGCAGCAGAACUUCCCAUACGCUAUGGUGUGGCCCAUCACCAUCACCAGCGCGGUCACGGAAGCUAGCGGCGUUCUCUCGCAGGGGGCGGUGCUUGCCUUGACCGACAUGCUAACCUCCCUCCAUGUGAUGUUGGCCUUCAUGCCAACGCCUGUCGGGCACGUCUCGGUGUCUAUGCAGAGCAACCGCAUGCAGAUUAUUCGGGAGGAGGACACCAUUUUAGUCAUCACACGCAUUGAUAAAAUGGGCAAGCGACUGGUUUUCACCACUGCAGAGUUUAUUCGUUCGAUGUUGCCUGCCACGGCGCAGUUCGACUUCGCUGAAAUUGGAAUAGACGCGGCGACUCGGUGCUACUCCCUCUGUGGCAACGUGAAGCACAUCAAGUCAGUGUUGUCGCCAGGUAUCAGUACAACAAAGUAG